AUGUCGAUGUUGUCGUGCCCUAAAUCCGAUAACCAUUAUCCUAUUAAUCUCCAUUGUUUCUUCAAAUCUCCUCUGGUUUUCUUCUUCAUUUCUAUAACUCUUUUCUUGAUUCCCUGUUCCGCCGCCGCUGCCGGCGGCGAUGGAGGUCCUAACCAAGAAGCCGUUGUGCUUUUCACUUGGGUUCAUGGUGUUAACGGUGGUGGUAAUGACGGUUCUUUCUUUUCGAGUUGGACACUUUCCGGCGACACCAAAAGCCCAUGCAAAUGGGAUUACGUUAAAUGUGAUUCACAAGGCUUUGUUUCUGAAAUCAAUAUUCAGUCGAUACCAUUGCGACUACCAUUACCGGCGAAUCUUUCUUCGUUUUCCCAUCUCAAAAGCCUUACGAUAUCCGACGCUAACAUCACCGGAACUCUCUCCGACGACCUCGGUUCCUGUCGGGAGCUUGUCGCCAUUGAUUUAAGCUCAAACAGUCUCGUGGGUCCCAUCCCGUCUUCCAUUGGCAACCUUGAAAACCUCCAGGACUUGAUUUUAAACUCCAACAAACUCACCGGAAAAAUCCCACGUGAGCUUGGGAACUGCCGGAGCCUCAAGAAUCUUCACCUGUUUGACAACCGACUCACCGGAAACAUCCCACCUGAAUUAGGUCAGUUACAUAACCUUGAAGUCAUCCGCGCCGGAGGAAACAACGACCUCGCCGGAGAAAUCCCGGAAGAAAUCGGAAACUGCAGAAACCUCACGUUUCUCGGCCUCGCAGACACAAGAAUAUCAGGUUCUCUCCCUCACUCAUUAGGUAACCUCACCAAACUCGAAACACUUUCCAUUUACACCGCCAUGCUUUCCGGUGAGCUCCCGCCGGAGCUCGGCGACUGUUCAGAGCUUGUAAACUUGUUCGUAUACGAAAACUCACUUUCCGGCUCCAUCAUUCCCGAGCUCGGAAAGCUCAAAAAGCUCGAAAAACUGUUACUAUGGCAAAACAACUUCAUCGGAUCAAUCCCUGAAGAAAUCGGAAACUGUACUAAUUUAAAAAUCUUCGACGUUUCUUUAAACUCAUUAUCCGGCGUUCUUCCGUCUUCCGUUGGUAAUCUCAUUGAGUUAGAAGAAUUCAUGAUUAGCAACAACAACAUCUCCGGUUCAAUCCCGAUUGUUAUUUCAAACGCCGUCAAUCUCCAACAAUUACAGCUGGACACAAAUCAAAUCUCCGGUCUGAUUCCUUCCGAGAUAGGAAAAUUAACAAAUCUCGAAGUGUUCUUCGCGUGGGAUAACAAUCUCGAAGGAAGCAUACCUUCAAGUUUAGGAAGUUGUACAAAUCUUCAAGCAUUAGAUUUAUCGCACAAUUCACUCACCGGAAGUAUCCCUCCAGGGUUGUUUCAACUCCAAAACCUCACCAAAUUGCUUCUAAUUUCAAACGACAUUUCCGGUUCAAUCCCGCCGGAAAUCGGGAACUCCACCGCGUUAGUCCGGUUACGUUUGGGUGACAAUCGAAUCACCGGCGAAAUCCCGAAAGAAAUCGCCGGAUUAAAAAGCAUAAACUUUCUUGAUUUGUCCGGAAACCACCUCUCCGGGGUGGUUCCCGGCGAGCUUUCCGGUUGCACCGAGUUAGAAAUGGUGGAUCUUAGCAACAAUACAUUACAAGGCUCGUUACCGGAUUCUUUAUCAUCAUUAUCAGGACUCCAAGUCCUAGAUGUUUCCAGUAACCGGUUUUCCGGUCCCAUCCCCGCCAGUUUCGGGCGGUUGGUUUCAUUAAACAAACUCAUUCUUAGUAAGAAUGAGUUUGCAGGAGCGAUCCCUCGAUCGCUCGGGCUCUGCUCAGGUCUACAAUUUCUAGACCUGAGCAGUAAUAAAUUAUCAGGCGGGAUACCGCCUGAGUUAGGAAAUAUUCAAGCGCUCGAGAUCGCCUUGAAUUUAAGCCGCAACGGGUUAACCGGGUCGAUUCCGGAUCAAAUAGCUGCGUUAAGCAAGCUUUCGAUUCUUGACAUGUCGUACAAUAAUUUGGAAGGAAAUUUGAAUCCGCUUUCGCGUCUAGAUAAUCUUGUUUCGUUAAAUAUUUCGUAUAAUAAUUUUACGGGAUAUUUACCGGAUAAUAAGCUUUUUAGGCAGUUAUCGGAAGCUGAUUUAGCCGGGAAUCGAGGGUUGUGUUCUUUUGGAAAAGAAUCGUGUUUUUUAAACAAUGUUGCAGAAUCAGGAAAUGGGAAAGAUGAGUAUAAAUCAAAAAACGCAAAGAGAUUAAGACUAGCGCUAGCGUUGCUUAUUACUUUGACGAUUGCUAUGAUGAUUAUGGGAGUUGCUGCGGUUUUACGUGCGAGAAGGGGUUUCAAGGGUGAUGAUGAAUCUGAGCUUGGCGAAUCAUGGCCAUGGCAAUUCACGCCUUUUCAGAAGCUAAAUAUUUCAGUUGACCGAAUUUUGAAAUGCUUAGUGGACACUAAUGUCAUCGGGAAAGGGUGUUCUGGGGUUGUGUAUCGUGCUGAUAUGGAUAAUGGUGAUGUGAUUGCUGUGAAGAAGCUUUGGCCAUCAAUGGCGGUUGAUGGUGGUUAUGAAGAUGAAAAAGCUACAGUUCGAGAUUCGUUUUCAGCUGAAGUGAAAACAUUGGGAUCAGUGAGACACAAGAACAUCGUUAGGUUUCUGGAUUUUGGUCUCGCGAAGCUUGUUGAUGAUGGUGAUUUUGCUCGUUCUUCUAAUACAAUCGCUGGUUCAUACGGAUACAUCGCUCCUGAAUACGGGUACAGGAUGAAGAUCACGGAGAAGAGCGAUGUUUAUAGCUACGGAGUAGUGAUGCUGGAAGUUUUAACAGGGAAACAACCGAUCGACCCAACGAUACCAGAUGGAUUACACGUCGUGGAUUGGGUGAAACAGAGAAAAGGAUGGAUCGAAGUACUUGAUCGGAGCUUAUUAUCUCGUUCGGAAUCAGAAAUUGAAGAAAUGAUGCAAGCAUUAGGAGUUGCAUUACUCUGCGUCAACUCUUUGCCGGAAGAAAGACCAACGAUGAAAGAUGUUGCGGCCAUGUUGAGGGAAAUUAAGCAUGAAAGAGAAGAGUACGCUAAAGUUGAUGCUCUUUUGAAGGGUUCACCGGAAAAACCAGCCACCGGAAGUAGGGCGGAAGGAGGAGUUCCCGCAACAUCAUCGUCAUCGGCUGCUGCUGUUGCUGGUGGUGGGAUGAGAAGUAACGCGAGUAGCUUCUCUGGUUCUUCGUUGCUUUACUCGUCGUCUUCUAGAGUCGCCUACAAGUGAAUAAAAGAGAUUCUUGAUUUGGGUGUGUGAUGUUACGGAAUUUUUUAGAUAUGGUAAUUUAAUUAUAUUUGGUGUUGAGUUUAAUGGAGAUUUGAAUGGGUUGAGUUGUAAAUUAAGAAAUAUGGGACGUGUGUUGUAAGUAGAAGAAAUUUUGAGCCUC